GAGCAAAGAAAAACGGUUCACAAAAUUUGUUUUUCAUAAACAUAGAAAAGAUUUAAACACACAAACACUUUUUGUUUGUUUCAUCGAUGGCCGACGAUGAUGAGGUGGAAUUUGAUGCCGUCGAUUCUGGAGCAUCGAAAACAUAUCCGAUGCAAUGCUCGGCACUGCGCAAGAAUGGAAAUGUGAUGAUCAAGGGACGUCCGUGCAAGAUUGUGGACAUGUCCACCUCGAAGACCGGCAAGCAUGGACAUGCCAAAGUCCAUCUCGUUGGCAUCGAUAUAUUCACACAGAAGAAAUACGAGGAUAUUUGUCCCUCCACCCAUAAUAUGGAUGUGCCGCAUGUGAAGCGCGAGGAUUAUCAGCUAACUGAUAUCAGUGAUGAUGGAUUUGUCACCCUGAUGUCCGACAAUGGUGAUAUCCGUGAGGAUCUCAAGGUGCCCGAUGGUGAUUUGGGCGAUUGUCUCCGUGUUGAAUUUGGUGAUGGCAAAGAUCUGUUGUGCACGGUGCUGGCUGCUUGUGGCGAGGAGUGUGUGAUUGCCAUGAAGUUUAAUUCGGGCCUGGAUAAGUAAUGUGACGAAAGCCCAGAGACCCAGAACGAACUAAUGCUGACUUAAAAGGCAAAGCAAAUCGCAGAAAACUUUUCUUGUUUAUAUUAUAGCCAAUAGUCAAUCAAUAAAUGUCAUAAGUGCUAUCA